CCGGGGGCGGCCGGACCCCUGCGGAGCGGGGAGCGGCGCCGGGCAUGCGGGCGGUGGCGGCGGGCCGGGAGGUGGGAUGCUGUCGCGGAAGAAGACGCGGACGGAGCUCUCCAAGCCGGGCGAGGUGCAGGGGAAGUACGUGAAGAAGGAGACGAGCCCGCUCCUGAGGAACCUGAUGCCUUCCUUUAUCCGUCACGGUCCCACCAUUCCGAGGCGAACCGACAUCUGCCCUCCCGACCCCACGGCCUCCGCCUACGCCCCCGGAGGAGAUGGAAUCGUUUCCAGGAACCAGAGUUUCCUCCGAACCCCCGUGCAGAGGCCGCCUCACGAAAUCAUGAGGCGGGAGAGCAACAGACUGUCCGCGCCCUCCUAUCUGGCCAGGAGUCUGGCCGAUGUCCCGAGGGAAUACGGCUCCUCCUCGCAGUCCUUCCUGGCGGAAUCCAGCGCCGGGCUGGAGAACGGGGACCCCGGGGCCCGCUGUUAUUACUACGAUCACUUCUACGAGGCCCAGAGGAGGCGGCAGCUGAGCGAGAGAGCCCACGAGGACUACAGGUAUUACAGCGAGCACAACGGGGAGCUCUUCCAGAGGAUGGCCCACAAUCAUGGCAGGCACACGUCAGGCAUUGGGAGAGUUGCUGCUACAUCUCUAGGAAACUUAACAAAUCACAGUUCUGAAGAUUUACCUCUUCCUCCUGGCUGGUCAGUGGACUGGACUAUCCGAGGAAGGAAAUACUACAUAGACCACAACACCAACACCACUCACUGGAGCCACCCUUUGGAGCGGGAGGGGCUCCCGCCGGGCUGGGAGCGCGUCGAGUCUGCCGAGUUCGGCGUCUACUACGUGGAUCACAUCAACAAAAGAGCUCAGUACAAACACCCCUGCGCUCCCAGCGUUCCCCGUUACGACCAGCCGCCCCCCGUGUCCUACCAGCCACAGCCGGCCGAGCGCAGCCAACCCCUGCUGGUCCCUGCCAACCCCUACCACACUGCUGAGAUCCCAGACUGGCUCCAGGUCUACGCCAGGGCUCCUGUCAAGUACGACCACAUCCUGAAGUGGGAGCUGUUCCAGCUGGCGGACCUGGACACGUACCAGGGGAUGCUGAAGCUGCUGUUCAUGAAGGAGCUGGAGCGGAUCGUGAAGCUGUACGAGGCGUUCCGGCAGGCGCUGCUCACCGAGCUGGAGCAGCGGCAGCAGCGCCAGCAGUGGUACGCCCAGCACGGCAAGAACUAUUGACCCUCUCCCCGCACACAGGACUCUCUGAGGACACUCAACAGCUUUAAAAAA